AUGCUGGGUGUAGUGCUCUGCCGCAGGUCGUUGGCCAUUUCUGCCCAUUACUGGCCUCUGCCGAUACUCAUGCUGGAGCUGCUGAUACCAGGAGUCCUGCCCAACAUCUCCAGAUUACCACCCCCGGCCAAACGAGAGAUCAUCAUGGACGGGGACUUGGUGAUUGGAGGCUUGUUCCCAGUACACCAUAAAGGUGAUGGGAUGGAGGACUGUGGUCAGAUCAACAAGGAGAGAGGGAUCCAGAGACUGGAAGCCAUGCUGCUGGCACUAGAUGAGAUUAACUCCAGCGACCGCAUCCUUCCCGGUCUCCAGCUGGGGGCCCACAUUCUGGACACUUGCUCGAAGGACACAUAUGCUCUGGAGCAGUCCCUUGAUUUUGUCAGGGCCUCCCUCACCAAGGUGCACGAUCCAGGCUUCAUCUGCCCAGAUGGUUCCAGACCCGUCCAAAAUGAGGUUCCACUUGCCAUCUCUGGGGUCAUUGGAGGAUCAUACAGUGACGUGUCCAUUCAGGUGGCCAACCUCCUGCGAUUGUUCCAGAUCCCUCAGAUCAGCUAUGCCUCCACCAGUUCAAAGCUCAGCGACAAGACCCGCUAUGAUUACUUUGCCCGCACUGUACCCCCUGACUUCUACCAGGCCAAGGCCAUGGCAGAGAUCCUGCGUUACUUCAACUGGACCUACGUGUCGACAGUAGCAUCUGAGGGCGACUAUGGUGAGACUGGCAUUGACGCCUUCCAGCAGGAGGCCCGCACUCGCCAAAUCUGCAUCGCCACCUCAGCCAAGGUAAGCCGCACCAUGAACCGCCAGGGCUAUGAUAAUGUGAUCCGCGCUCUGCAGCAGAAGUCCAACGCCAAGGUGGUCAUCCUGUUUACUCGCAGUGAAGACGCUCGUGAGCUGCUGGUGGCCGCUGCUCGCAUGAACGCCACCUUCAUCUGGGUGGCCAGCGAUGGAUGGGGAGCGCAGGAGAGUGUGGUGAGGGGCAGCGAGACGGCGGCAGACAGGGCUUUCACCAUCGAGCUGGCCUCCUACCCAAUUAGAGAGUUUGAGGACUACUUCACCAAGCUGAACCCGUACACCAACACAAGGAACCCGUGGUUCAAAGAGUUCUGGGAGCACCGCUUUAGCUGUAACCUCCAGGAACCAGGCUGCAGUGAACACAACCUCAGAGAUGGAACUUUUGAGCAGGAGUCCAAGAUCAUGUUUGUGGUAAAUGCAGUCUAUGCGAUGGCCUAUGCUCUGCACAACAUGAGGCAAGCUGUGUGCUCCAACACAUCCAAGGUCUGUGAUGCCAUGAAGCCAGGUAAUGGGAAAAGGUUCUACAAGGAGUUCAUCUUGAAGACCAAGUUUGAAGCUCCAUUCAGACCUGUAGACACACAGAAUAUGGUGCGCUUUGACUCUUUUGGCGACAGCAUCAGCCGCUACAACAUCUUUCAUUACCACAAAGAAGAGGGAAAGUUUGUUUACAGAAAGGUUGGCUACUGGGACCAGAACCUGACCCUGAACACCAGCCUGGUACCGUGGCCUAGCCUCGUACCACCCACCUCCCAGUGCAGUGACCCCUGCAAGAAGAACGAGGUGAAGAGCAUGCAGCCCGGAGAUGUGUGCUGCUGGAUCUGUAUCCCCUGUCAGCCCUACCAGUACCUGCAGGAUGCAUUCACCUGUGCUGACUGUAGCUUUGGUCGGUGGCCCCUGGCUAACUUGACAGGCUGUUAUGAUCUGCCUGAAGAAUAUAUCCGCUGGGAGGAUGCAUGGGCCAUUGGGCCAGUCACCAUCUCCUGCCUUGGCAUACUGUGUACUCUGUCUGUAGUGGGCCUGUUCUUCAAGAACAAUGAGACGCCUGUGGUUAAAGCAAGUGGACGUGAACUCUCUUACAUCCUCUUGUUGGGAGUGCUGAUGUGCUACCUCAUGACCUUCAUUUACAUCGCCAAACCGUCCACUGCUGUUUGCACCCUACGUCGACUAGGCCUGGGCACCUCAUUCGCAGUGUGCUACUCAGCUCUUCUGACCAAGACCAACCGUAUCGCUCGCAUCUUCAGCGGGGUGAAAGAUGGAGCCCAGCGGCCACGCUUCAUCAGCCCCGCCUCCCAGGUUGCGAUCUGCGGCGCUCUUAUCUCCUGCCAGCUGCUGGUGGCUGUUAUAUGGCUGCUGGUGGAGGUGCCAGGGGUUCGAAAGGAGGUGGGUCCUGAGAGGAGAGACGUGGUCACCCUCAAGUGCAGCAGCAGGGACUCCAGCAUGCUCAUGUCACUCACCUACAACUGCAUCCUCAUCAUCCUCUGCACCGUCUACGCAUUCAAGACGCGAAAGUGCCCUGAAAAUUUCAACGAGGCCAAGUUCAUCGGCUUCACCAUGUACACCACCUGCAUCAUCUGGCUCGCUUUUCAGCCCAUCUUCUAUGUCACUGCCAGUGACUACAGGGUGCAGACCACCACCAUGUGCAUCUCCGUCAGUCUGAGUGGUUCGGUGGUUCUCGGCUGCCUCUUUGCCCCGAAGGUUCACAUCAUCCUGUUUCAGCCCCAGAAAAACGUGGCCUCACUGAGAGGCACAGCCACCCGCUUCAGUGCCACAGUGUCUGCUACUGCCUCCGCUCCCAGCUCCAGCUACUCUAAAGGCUCAGCCUCUAACUACGUGCCAGCAGUUUGUAACGGCCGUGAGGUGGUGGACUCUACAACGUCCUCUUUGUGA